AUGGAGGGGACCCAGAGCGUCUCCUUGGUGCUGCUGCUUCCCCUGCUGCUGCCACCGGGCCCAGUUUGGCAUGCGGCUGCCCAACGCUGCCCACAGACGUGCGUUUGCGACAAUUCCAGGCGGCAUGUCGCCUGUCGGCACCAGAACCUCACUGAGGUGCCAAACGCCAUCCCCGAGCUGACUCAGCGGCUGGACCUCCAAGGCAACGUGCUGAAGGUGAUCCCCCCAGCUGCCUUCCAGGAGCUGCCUUACCUGACACAUCUGGACCUGCGGCACUGCCAGGUGGAGCUGGUGGCCGAGGGCGCCUUCCGCGGCCUGGGCCGCCUGCUCCUCCUCAACCUGGCCUCCAACCGCCUGAGCUCGCUGCCCCAGGAAGCCCUGGACGGGCUGGGCUCACUGCAGCGGCUGGAGCUGCAGGGGAAUAUGCUGGAGGAGCUGCGGCCGGGCACGUUCGGGGCGCUGGGUGCGCUGGCCACCCUGAACCUGGCCCACAACGCCCUCGUCUACCUGCCCGCCAUGGCCUUCCAGGGGCUGACGCGCGCCCGCUGGCUGCAGCUGUCCCACAACGCGCUCAGCGUGCUGGCCCCCGAGGCCCUGGCCGGCCUGCCCGCCCUGCGCCGGCUCAGCCUGCACCACAACGAGCUGCAGGCCCUGCCGGGGGCGGCCUUGGCCCAGGCCCGCGCCCUGGCCCGGCUCGAGCUGGGCCACAACCCCUUCACCUACGUGGGCGAGGAGGACGGGCUGGCGCUGCCGGGCCUCCGGGAGCUGACGCUGGACCACGGCGCCCUGCAGGCCCUGGAGCCCAGGGCCUUCGCCCGCUGCCCGCGCCUGCACACGCUGGACCUCCGGGGGAACCAGCUGGACACCCUGCCGCCCCUGCAGGGCCCCGGGCAGCUGCGCCGGCUGAGGCUGCAGGGGAACCCUCUGUGGUGCGGCUGCCAGGCCCGGCCGCUGCUCGAGUGGCUGGCGCGCGCGCGUGUGCGCGCGGACGGCGCGUGCAGGGGCCCCCGGCGCCUUCGAGGCGAGGCCCUGGACGCCCUGAGGCCCUCAGACCUGCGCUGCACCGGAGGCAGGGCGGAGGAGGAGGAGGAGGAGGAGGAGGAAGAGCUGCUGCUGACGGCCGCGCGGCCCCGCGCCCCCGAGGGCGCCUCCAAGGGGGACGACGGGGCGGCCGAGCCCUGCCCGCGGGCCUGCGUGUGCGUGUCCGAGUCCCGGCACAGCGGCUGCGAGGGCCGAGGCCUGCAGGCCGUGCCCCGCGGCUUCCCCGGCGACACCCAGCUCCUGGACCUGAGGCGGAACCGCUUCCCCGUGCUGCCCCGGGCGGCCUUCCCGGGCCUGGGCCGCCUGGUGUCGCUGCACCUGCAGCACUGCGGCAUCACGGAGCUGGAGGCGGGCGCCCUGGCGGGGCUGGGCAGCCUGAUCUACCUCUACCUCUCUGACAACCGGCUCUCGGGCCUCAGCGCUGCUGCCUUCGAGGGGGCCCCCCGCCUCGGCUACCUGUACCUGGAGCGCAACCGCUUCGGGCGAGUGCCGGGGGCCGCCCUGCGCGCCGUGCCCGGCCUCGUUUCCCUGCACCUGCAGAGCAACGCCGUGGACCGCCUGGAACCCGGGGACCUGGCAGGCACGCAGGCCUUGCGCUGGCUCUACCUGAGCAGCAACCGCAUCGCCCGAGUGGCCCCCGGGGCAGUGGGCCCGGCCGGAGAGCUGGAGAAGCUGCACCUCGACAGGAACCAACUGCGAGAGGUGCCCACUGGGGCCUUGGAGGGGCUGCCUGCCCUCCUGGAGCUGCAGCUCUCGGGGAACCCUCUCGAAGCUCUGCCGGAUGGGGCCUUCCGGUCUGUGGGCCAGUCACUGCGGCACCUCUUCCUGAACAGCAGUGGCCUGGAGCAGAUUUCUCCCAGGGCCUUCUCGGGCCUGGGACCCCGGCUCCAGAGCCUGUACCUACAGAGGAACCAGCUGCGGGCCGUGCCCGCCCUGCCCCAUCUCAGCCAGCUGGAGCUCAUUGACCUCAGCGGCAACCCCUUCCACUGCGACUGCCAGCUGCUCCCGCUGCACAGGUGGCUCACUGGGCUGAACCUGCGUGUGGGGGCCACGUGUGCCAGCCCUCCCAGUGCCCACGGCCAGAGGGUGAAGGCUGCGACGACUGUUUUUGAAACCUGCCCAGGCUGGGCUGCCAGGAAGGCCAAGCGGAUGCCGGCCGCCAGGCCCAGUGCCGGGAGCAGCCCCGGGAAGGGGAGACGGUGGAGAGCAGACAAGGUGGGGAAGGAGAAGGGCCGCCUCUGAGCACUGGCGCGGGCCGGCCCUGCCUUGGUCCCGCCCGGGAGGCUCUUACUCUCUUCAGG